AUGAUCGUUCUACUUGUUGCAUUUUUAUUCCCGUUGUUGGUUCAAUCACAGCAAGUCAAUGUGACCAUAUUUACUGAAUCCCAAUGCCCAUACUGCACGAAACUGCUCCGUGAACAGAUCUGGCCAUUCUACGUGAACAGACCUGGAAUUAUGAACUUGCAGAUUGUUCCAUUCGGAAAAGGAGAUUGUACUUAUGACUACAACCGUAACUUCCAUUGUACUUGCAUGCACGGUGCAACUGAAUGUGACUUGAAUCGCCUUCAAAACUGUGCCAUCUCUUACUUCCCACGCCGUCAUCUCGGUUUGGUCACUUGCCUUCAGGGCCUCGGAACUUUGAGAGAAGGAUUCUCAAAGUGUUUGAGCAGAUUGUCUCCAAACACACAGAGAAAACUGAUCGAAUGCGCAACGACUCAAACUGGAGAACUUCUCAACUACUACUCAAUGGUUAACACUCAUCGAGCUGGAGUCAGAAUCUGGCCAACAAUGUACGUGAACGGAGUUUUCUUCGACCGCAGCUACCCCGUUGAGCACAAACUCUGUGAGCACACAGCUUGGUGCUAA